AUGGCAGUGAACUCGCCGCCGCUACCGUCCGCUUCGACUCGGUCUCCCACCGCCGCGGCUGCUGCCAAGGUCAAGGCGUGGCGAACGCGGUCGCCCACGGGCGGCAAGCGUGCGACGUACUCGCGGCGCAAGUCGGACACGUCUUCGCCGCUGACGCUCUCGCUCUCGCUCCCGCGCCCGCUCCCGCGCCAGGUCUCGCUCCCGGCGUCGCCGGCCGGUGGUGGACGGAGCGGAGGUCGGUCACCGUCGCUGGGACGGACGGCGUCGGAUCCGACGCCCGGCUCCAUCGCUGCUCAUCUUGUCCCGCUCGCCCGCCGCCGCAAGCGCAAGCGCGAAGGCGAGACGACUCCCUCGCGCCAGCGCCCGCCGCCCAAGGCUCGCCAGUCGUAUCUUGAUCUGGGCCAGGACGACUUCUCUGCCACUUGGUGUGAGGUCUGCGCCAUGAUGUACACGCCCGGCAUGCCCGAGGAGGAUGCGCUGCACGCCCGCCGCCAUGCCAAACGCGUGGCCGAGGCCAAGCUUGACGGCCUCCCGCUCCCACCGGCGGCCGCCCUGGAGCUGCUGCCACCCUCGAGCCCGGCCGGUGUCCGCUGUGCUCGCCUCCGCCGCGGCAAGGCCCCUGCCUGGGCCGCCAAAGCCAUGGCCUUUGUCGACGCCCAGCUUCAAGCCGUCCGCGCCUCGCCGCGCCCGGUCGACCACUACCAGCUCUUCCUCGUCACCGACGAGUCCAAGCCACGCGCGGUCGCGCUCGCUCUUGUCGAGCGGAUCGCCACCGGCUACCGCGCCACUGACGCUUCCCACUACGACCUUGCUGCUCCGCGUCGGGUUGUUGCUGGCAUCUCGCGCAUGUGGACCUCGCCCUCCCACCGCCGCCGCGGGCUCAUGGCCGCGCUACUCUCAGCCGUCUGCACCAACUUUGCCGCGCCAGCCGUCCUCGAUCCACUCACCGACCUUGCCUUUACUCAGCUAACUACCUCUGGCUUUGCCUUUGCCUCGGCGUAUCUCACCGCCCUCGCCGCCCGCAAGGCGUGGGAGGCCGAGCUCGAGGCUGCCCGCCGCGGCGAUGACGGCGGCAGCGAGAGCGGCGACGACGAAGCUGAUGGCGACUCUCGAAGCCCGCCCGCUGCCUUUCCACUUGUGUAUCGCAUCGAAGACGUACCGGUAUGAUUGUAAAUGUGUAGUUGGCGU